CGUGACCUCACCUGCAUCCGUGUUUGAGUGGGAAGGUGGCCCACGUCCCAUUUCCUCAUGCCACGGCUGUUAAAAGCAUGGAGCAUGUCUGCCCUGCCGGAGAUCAGACAAGCGAGCCAAGAGAGGAAACGUGCAUCAUUAUCAUCAUCAUCAUCAUGCAGAUCGUGGCCACCGUGGUGAUCGUGGGCCUUCUGCUGGGACCCGCGUGGACUCGCAACAUCCCCUGCUACGAGGAGGGAGAGCUGAGUGAGAUAGCCAAUCAGAAGCUGGCGGAUUACCCGCAGUUUCCCGGGCCCCAAGACGUGGUGGUCCAUGACACCGGUUCCUCCAGCACUGUGGAUCUUUGCAUGAACUACGCUGGGAAACCAGCACCGAACGACCCCACGAACGCCAGGUCCCUGUCGCCAUGGCGAUACGUGCGGAAAAACAUGGAGGAUCACUACCCCUCCAGCUACGUCGAAGCUCAGUGUCUGUGCUCAGGCUGCAUCAUGAUGAAAAACGGGGCCCCCAGAUUGAGCCACGACUACAACUCCAUCCCCAUUUCACAGAGUCGAGUGUUCCUGAAGAGGGAGCUGUGCAGUGAAGGCCACGGGUACUAUCUGAAGCCUGUCUCUGUGGAUGUAGUAGUGGGCUGCACAUGUGCCAGACCCCGCAUCUCUUUCUAGGGGACCCCCCCCCCCGUGUAUGGGACCACCCUACAAUCACAGUAUGACCGGAUAGGCUUCCAGAACUGUGUUGUCUUGUAGGCAUCGCCCUUUUUUUUUUUUUUGCAAACAUUAGUCAGACUUCCGAAGCUCAAAAGUUGCAUCAUCCUUUAUUUAUUGGCUUAUUUAUUUAUUUAUGUUAUGUUUACAAUGCUGCAUUGUAUGGAAUGCAGUGUGUGUUUCAAUUUGAGCAAUUUUUCAUGUUGAAAUUGCAAUGAUAUAUAUUUUCAUUUAUUCUAUUCGGCAAGGUUUAGCUGAUUCUCGAGUGAAUGAAGAAGAUCUGACAUUGAAUCGUUCCUGUCAAACAGGACUUGUAAGGUUAGCUUCUUUGAAGCAAAAUAAACAUUGUGAUGCUUUAUGUUUAUUUCCA